AAAUUAAACCAAACAAGGUUUAUUUCUUUUUAUCAUUUUCUGGCCUCCUUUACCCCCCUAACUUUUCGUAAUUCUCACUUCUCCCCCGUAACCCGUUUCCUUCUUCACUCUUCUCCCCAUUGCAGAGAGCUCAGAUCAAAUUACAUCCAUAUAUCGUUCUGGAAUCUUCUUGAAAGCACCAGAAAUGGAUUCUCAGCCUUCCCGUUCUUCUGGAAGGUUCGAAAAUAGUCCUCCAUUGUUAACAAAAUCAGUUUCCGAUGCCAGUAGCCAUAGCCAAAGCUUAGCUUCCAUUCUCAACAACCCACAUGCCGGAAAAUCCGACGGAUUCUGGUGGUGGCCCACUUCAUCAUCACCAUCUAUACCUACACCCGAGUUUCUCCCUCUAUCAACUCUACCCAAACCCGGAUCCGAUAUCCGGGUACCCGAUUUCCAAUCCUAUCUCUCUUCCAUCUCCGAACCAUUUGCUCGUUUCCACGACAUUCAGCAGCACGCCAAGUUAGAGUCGUUAGAAGAUCAAGAUGACCAAAAUGCCCUCGUUGCUUGCUUGAAGGAAGUCCCUGCAUUAUUCUUCAAAGAGGAUUUUGAGUUAGAAGAUGGUGCUACUUUUAAAGCUGCAUGUCCAUUUAGGUCCACUGCGGAGAAUUUGGUUACGCAGGAGAAGCUAUCACAGUAUUUGGAUGUGGUGGAAUUGCAUUUGGUUAAGGAGAUUUCGUUGCGAUCGAAUUCGUUUUUCGAGGCACAAGGACAGUUAGGGGAUUUGAAUUCCAAGAUUGUUGAAGGGUGUGAUAGGAUAAGGGAAUUGAAGGAGACUAUAAGGUUCUUGGAUGACAAUUUAGUAGGGUCUGCUAAAAAGGUACAGGAGUUGAACGUUCGAAGGAGCGAAUUGAUUGCCCACCAGGACAAGUUGAAGCUUAUACUAUAUGUUAAUCAAGCUCUAACAACUCUCAAGUUGCUUGUUUCAUCUGCAGAUUGUGCCGGAGCUUUAGAUGUUAUAGAUGAUUUACAACAUUUAUUGGAUGGAGAUGAGUUAGCUGGUCUACAUUGUUUUCGUCAUGUUCGUGACCACUUAGCUGCUUCAAUUGAUUCCAUUAACAGCAUUCUUUCAGCAGAAUUUGUGCGUAUAUCUAUACACGAUACUGGCGACGUGGAUGCUUCAAUUACAUCAAAAUUUAAAGCGCAGGCAACAAUAUCCAUAAAUGGAGAAGGCCAUGAAGUUAAAUUGGAUGAAGAAGAAACCUGUAAUUUGCGAGACCGGUUACUUCCUUUUGUUAUUGGGUUACUUAGAACCGCAAAACUCCCUGCUGUAUUGAGAAUAUACCGUGACACUCUUACGGCUGAUAUGAAAACCGCCAUUAAGAUGGCAGUUGAAGAACUGCUACGGGUGCUUGGUGCCCAACCUGUGGAUUCAGAUUUUGUUGCAGGAGAACGAGCAGUUGAUGCUGAUGGUGGAAGCUCAUCCCUUGCCAGUAGAUUAAGAAGCCUGUCGCCUGAAUGUUUUGUUCAUCUUUUGAAGGCUGUUUUCCUGAUAGUGCAGGCACACUUAGCACAGGCAUCCGAAGUUAAAAAAGCCAUUGAGUGGAUUUUGUGCCAUCUUGAUGGCCAUUACGCUGCUGACUCUGUUGCUGCUGCAAUUACACUUGGAGCAGCGGCUUCUGAAACAGCUCUUGAAACCGAUGAUCAGGUAAAUUCCUCGCUGCAACUUUCUGUGCAAAGGAACUCUGUCAAGGUCUCUUCUGCUCAUGGGAAAGGAAAUGAUGGUACAACGUCAUCAACUUUAUCGAGAAAUUUCAGAGCUGAUGUAUUGAGAGAGAAUGCAGAAGCCGUUUUUGCAGCUUGUGAUGCUGCUCAUGGCAGAUGGGCAAAGAUCCUUGGAGUGCGUUCUCCUAUCCAUUCUAGAUUGAGGUUGCAGGAGUUUAUAAAUAUAUAUAACAUCACUCAAGAAUUUAUGACUGCCACUGAAAAGAUUGGUGGAAGAUUGGGUUAUAGUAUUCGGGGAACAUUGCAAUCACAGGCCAAGGCCUUUAUUGAUUUCCAACAUGAAUCUAGGAUGGCAAAGAUGAGGGCUAUUCUUGACCAGGAAAACUGGGCAGAGAUUGAUGUCCCUGAUGAGUUCCAGGCAAUUGUUACAUCAUUGUUCUGCUCAGAAUCUGAGACCCGUGAACUUGCUGAUGAGGUUUCAGCUGAUAUUGCACCAAGCAGCCCCAAGAUGGUCCUGAGCAUUGAUGGUUCCCCUAUGACAGAAGCUAGACUUCCAAAGAUAUCACAAAAUGCAGAACAUACUGUUUCUGUUCCACGUUCGGAAAGUACAACACAGAGCAAUGAAACUAACUCAAGAGAGCGUGGAAGAUCUUCAACUAGACUGCUUUUCUUCAGAGGGGUUGGGUAUCAUAUGGUGAACUGCGGCUUGAUUUUGGUAAAGAUAUUGUCGGAGUUUAUUGAGAUGAAUAAUAGUUUGCCGGGCCUAUCUUCAGAAGUCGUUCACCGUGUUGUCGAAAUCCUGAAGUUGUUCAAUACAAGAACUUGUCAGCUUGUCCUUGGUGCUGGAGCAAUGCAGGUUUCAGGUUUGAAGUCUAUUACUUCUAAACACUUGGCCUUGGCAAGUCAAGUCAUCAGUUUCACAUACACCAUAAUUCCCGAACUCAAGAGGAUUCUGUUCCUUAAAGUACCUGAGACGCGCAAGGGACUGCUGAUUCUGGAAGUUGAUCGUGUAGCACAGGACUAUAAGGUGCACCGAGAUGAGAUACACUCAAAGUUGGUGCAGAUAAUGAGGGAAAGGUUGCUGGUCCACCUCCGCGGGUUGCCACAGAUUGUUGAGAGUUGGAAUAGGCCGGAAGAUUCUGAUACACAGCCAAGUCAGUUUGCUCGUUCUAUCACUAAGGAAGUUGGCCUUCUUCAACGUGUCUUAUCUAGAACCCUGCAUGAGUUAGAUGUUCAAGCUAUUUUCAGGCAAGUGGUUAUUUUCUUCCAUUCUCAAAUUUCAGAAGCGUUCUUGCACUUGGAUAUUAGCAGCCCACAAGCUAAAAAAAGAAUGUAUUGCGAUGUUCAGCAUAUUCUUGCAUGUAUCAGAUCAUUACCGUCAGAUAGCAAAUCCAAUCCUCUGAAUUGGGGGCAACUUGAUGAAUUUGUGGCAAAAAAUUUAGGUGAUGAAAUUAGUCAAUAGCCUUGUAAGUAGCCGUAUUUCCUAAAGAUCAAAUACAUUUGAUGGAAGCAAUCUGACAAUGCAUGAAGACUAUGCAUCAACGUUGUAUAAUUGACUUGAGAUGUACAGUCUUCUUACCAGAUGGUGGUGUUAUUACCACAGUUUUGAGGGGAGAGUCUAUGACAAUCAUUUGUAAUUGUCAUACACAAUUUUUGAUCAGUCAGAUGCUUGAAACUUCCUUAUGGUUGUAUUCAUUAGCCCAGGAAAUUCAAAAUUCUUUUUCUGUUGAGAGAGGAAAAAGGCACGUUGUCAUUCCCAGAAGGGUAGAACAAUUUCGGUAGCAGAGACCGUUGCUAGUGUAUAUUGUAUAGUAAUGAAAGCAGCUGUAUGUAGCAAGGCUUUCUUAAGGGAUAUAACAUUUAAUCCAAAAUGAAGAGUGAAACUUUGUUUCCAUUA